AUGAAUCCUUUCUUGGCGCUCACUGCCUACACUGACAACUGCUAUCAAGUUCUCCCGGUUCCCGAGACCUCAAAAAAAAACUACUUUAUGGCACCAGAAAAAAGCAAAGAAAGGUUAAUAUCAUACUCGACUAGCACAUAUGUACCUGAUCCCGGGAGCUACCUGCGCUGCGAUGUGAGGUCGUGGAUCGUGAAAGGACGUGCAGCAGUGGCAGAGGCAAGAGUAAGUUACGAGAAUUCUGCCUGGUUGCCUGAGAUGACUUUGGAUAUUCGUGACAAAGAUUUUUUCGAGGGGAGUCAUGAAGCACAAGUUGCACUGUUUAUUCAUUCGUGCAAGUACCUUACAUACCUGAAGAAGAACACUAGAUUGUAG